CUAUAGUAUUGAAAAACUGAAACGCGUUUUGGUCUUUCGCUUUCUUAGCACCACCCUUCGUUUUUCUCUCUAACCCUAAAUUCCCUCACCGCCUCAUUUCCUCUUCCAUAUAUAACCCAACUCAUCUUCACAUUUUUCCCAUUCCCAAUUUCCCCUUUUCAAACCCUAACCCUAAUCAUCAUCGUUCAAUUCACCGAUCACCAUGGCCGCUGAACCCCAACAACAACAAUUGGUUGAUGAGAACAAUCGCGAUCACACUGAAGAAGAGCAAGAAUUGAAAUACCUUGAAUUCGUGCAAUUCGCAACGAUCCAAGCCGUUAUGCGAUGCGCAAUUCUCUAUUCCUACGCUAAGGAACGUUCCGGUCCAUUGAAAUCCGGCGUUGACACCGUCGAAGAAGCUGUUAAAACCGUCGUUGGACCAGUCUACGACAAAUUCCACCAAGUCCCAGUCGAGCUUCUCAAAUACGUUGAUCGCAAAGUUGAUGAAUCCGUUUCUGAGAUCGAUCGUCAUGUUCCUACUAACGUCAAGAAGGUUUCAAAUCAAGCUGCCUCUGUCGUCAGCGAAGUCCGUCGCACCGGUGUUGUUGAAUCUGCUUCUGGACUUGCGAAAACUGUUUACUCGAAAUAUGAACCGAAAGCGGAGCAGUGUGCUGUUUCGGCUUGGAAGAGGUUGAAUCAGCUUCCUUUGUUUCCUACUGUUGCAAACGUGGUUUUGCCAAAAGCUGCUUAUUGUAGUGAGAAGUAUAAUGAAGCUGUUGUUUCGAGUGCGGAGAAAGGUUAUAGAGUUUCUGCUUAUCUUCCAUUGGUUCCUACUGAGAGGAUUGCUAAGGUGUUUGCUGCUUAGUUGAUAUGAUUUCGGUUGUGUCACAUUGUUCGUUCCUUUAUUUUGUUUGUUUGUUUAGUUUUAUUUUAAGUGUUUUUAGUUUCUGGUGUGGAUAUUGUGACUUGAAUGGGAAUCAAAUUCUAUGACAAUACAAUUUGAUCUUGAUUCUAUUAUGUUUGAUAUCAUGGAUUCAUGGUGAAUCUGAAUGAAUUAGUGGCAACUCGUGAUUCUGGCAAA